ACAUGUUACAGUGGUUUUCUGGAGGCUCUAGGACCUGUGAUAUCACAACUUUGCAUGUCAUGGCAGGGAGUGCAGAAGCAGACAUUUGAACCAGUGGCUUUUCUAUUAAGCCAGACAUUAAAGAGAUUUGUAUUUUUGGAGUUCAUGGAGCCAGACGGACCUCCAGAGUCAGAGAGCUCAGAAAGAUCAAUAUCUUCCUCACAGCAAGAAGAAGAUGAAGAAGAAGAUGGUGAUGAUGAAGGAGAAGCGAAAGAACCGGAGGAAACAGCCACCCUUAAUCCUCUCUUACAACCUGCUCUCACAGGGGAUGUAGAAGGUCUGCAGAAGAUUUUUGAGGAUCCUGAGAACGCCCAUCAUGAACAGGCCAUGCAGCUACUCUUGGAAGAAGACAUAAUUGGGAGAAAUUUGUUGUAUGCAGCUUGCAUGGCUGGGCAAAGUGAUGUGAUUAGAGCUUUGGCAAAAUAUGGUGUGAACCUGAAUGAAAAAACCACCAGAGGUUACACACUCUUACACUGUGCUGCAGCCUGGGGUCGUUUGGAAACUUUGAAAGCACUCGUGGAAUUGGAUGUUGAUAUAGAAGCUCUCAACUUCCAGGAAGAAAGAGCUCGAGAUGUCGCUGCUCGGUAUUCCCAGACCCAGUGUGUUGAAUUCCUGGACUGGGCAGAUGCAAGGCUGGCUCUGAAAAAAUAUAUUGCAAAGGUCUCUGCAGCUGUUACAGACACAGAAAAGGGACCAGGGAAGCUCUUUAAGGAAGACAAGAAUACCAUCCUCAGUGCAUGCCAUAUAAAAAAUGAGUGGUUGGAAACCCAUUUGGGAGCUACCAUUAGCGAGCUUUUGGAGCAAAAACAACAAUUGGAAGAUAUUGUGACUCCUAUCUUCACAAAAAUGGCAACACCAUGUCAAGUGAAAAGUGCCAAAUCUGUAGUCUAAGCCAUGGUCCGAAAAGAAGUCAAGAUCUUACCUUCUACUGAAUAUAUAUUUUAUAAAAGACCACACUUUCUUCUAGUAUUUAUAAAAGCAAACUUAUUUGUGCCAAUUGAAGUUAAGAAAAUAGAUGUAGGGCUUUAUAAAAAUAUUUAAGUAUGAAUCACCCUUUUCUUGUUUUACUCUAAGAUCAUUCUGAGCCGGGACUGCUAGCCUUUGAGAGGGGCUUUGCCAGGGGACACUGGGUUUAUCCAUUUGUGACCUCGAUGCCCUACAAGUGGGUGGGGCCUGGCAGGUAAUCAGGUGGCACUUUUUGUGCACCGAGCACGAAUUGCACACCCACUGUGUGCCGAGCUCUCUCCAGGGCAGUGGGAUUUGUGUAUGAACAAAUGAAGCAUUGGCCCUGAGAAGCUGAUGACUUAUUAUGUGCACUUUGGAGGACCUCCAGUAAAACAAAGUCCCCAAACAUGCUUUUGCUCACCGGAGCCCAUUUAGGAUUUCUU